AAUGUUUAUUGAUCAGCUCUCCGACAGGCCUAUCUGACAGCGGUCAGAUUCAGUCUGGAUAUGGCGUCGCUGCACCGACACAGGAUGAAUUUUCUCCUCUCCAUGGGAAUUUGUGUGUCGCACACCCGGACGGCGUUUCUUGGUUUUUGUCGCUCUUAAUGGGGAUCAUACAUGGCGAUGGAGGACGUGGAUAAUAACGCAGCGGUCGAGGCGACUAACACCAAAACGGACAUCAAGGAAAGAGGUGAUGUCGGAGUUAACGGGGCUUGCAUAGACAGGCAGCCGGACACGGUGGUCCACCAAGCGGGGCUGAAUCGGACUGCAGAUCGCGGCAGCCGCAAUGGUCCGGGAGCUCACACUGCAACAGGGAUAAGAGUGCUAAAGCAGCGCAACAUAAAGCGGAAUGGGAGUCGUGGCUGUGUGACAAGGAAGACAAGAUUUGGAUCUCGAGAGAGGGAUUGGCUAAAGGGGGACACCCAACGGGGCUGUGUUUGUCUGUAUGGGGGGACAGUGGACCCCCAGCCCCCUGCCUCUGGCCCACAGGCCUCAUCAACCCCUCAGACAGACCUGCAGUUGGUGCUUUGCUCUACCAGUACCACAGUGGAGGAGCUGUGUGCUCAGAGGGACGGACAGGGACUCUAUGUUCAGCUUCAUGGAGACCUAGUCAGGAGGCUGGACGCGGCUGAACGUCCUCUACAGAUUGUGUAUGACUACCUCGCAGCUUUAGGCUACUCGGACCCUACGCGAGUGCAGCAAGAAGCAGCGAAUUCAGACCUCAGCUGUUUGAUCCGAUUCUACAGUGAGCGUCCAGUGAAUGCAGACCAGCAGGAACGGACCCUUCUAAAAGGCGUAUUCAGCGUCAGGAAGGGCAAGUCGCAGCUACAUAAGUGGGCAGAGCGACAGGUCAUCCUCUGCGGCACCUGUCUAAUCGUGGCCUCCGUCAAAGACAGCCUUACUGGAAAGAUGCACAUCCUACCUCUGGUGGGGGGAAAGGUGGAGGAGGUAAAGCGGAGGCAACACUGUCUGAUGUUCAGCUCAGCUGGAUACCAGGCACAGACGUACUUUGUCAACUUUGACACACUGGUGGACUACCAACGCUGGCAUCGGCAGGCAUCAAAAGUGGUGUCUCAAACAAUCUGCCUGGUGGACUUGUCCUGCUACAGCCUGGAAGCAGUACCUGAGUAUCUAUUUUACUGUCAGGAUAUCACUCACCUCAACCUGCGGCACAACUUCAUGAGCCUUCAGGGACCUGGAGGCCUGCUCAACCUCCCCAGGUUUUCUCAGCUGAAGAGCCUGAACUUGUCUCACAACCGUCUGGGUUUGUUUCCUGAAUGUGUGUGCGAGAUCCUCACCCUGACUGAACUCAACCUCGCCUGUAAUAGUCUCGACAUCAUCCCUGUGCAGAUAGGCAACCUUCAGAGCCUGCAGACGCUGUCUUUGGAUGGAAACCACCUCAGCUCCCUGCCUGAAGAGCUGGGUGGCCUGAACCAACUCAAUGGCCUUGGGCUUUCUUUCAACAACUUCUCUCACAUCUCUGCUGUGCUGGAGAGAUUGAGUGCAGUGGACAAGCUGGCCAUGGCUGGGAACAGAGUGGAGUGUCUAGAUUUGUGUACUCUGGCCAAAAUGAGCCACCUGAAAAACAUCGACCUCCGAUUGAAUGGGCUGCGCUGUGUAAAAGCUGAGAAUACAGAGGCAGUGAGCCAGGUGACACAGCUUGACUUGCGGGACAACUGCUUGGACUCUCUAGACCUGAGCUCCAUCUGCAACCUGGAGACUCUGCACUGUCAACGAAACCAGCUGGGGACACUCACACUCAGCGGCUUCACUCUGCGCAUGCUUAAUGCCAGCAGCAACCGCCUCACAACAGUCAACAUCUAUCCAGUCCCCAACCAGCUGACACACAUGGACCUAUCACAGAACCUUUUGGAGUACCUUCCGGAUUGGGUGUGUGACUGUAGAAAAAUUGAGAUGCUGGACGUCACCCAAAACCUCCUAUCCGAGCUUCCUUCAAGACUGCUCAACAGCUUGAGUUUAAGAAAGCUGCUGGCAGGGAACAAUCAUUUGGAGAGAGUGCCUGACCUACUUGACCACAUCCCCCUAGAAGUUCUGGACCUCCAGCACAACAAGUUAGCCGAGCUCCCUGAGAGUCUGUUUUACAAGGCCUUAAACCUAAAGUAUUUAAACGUGUCGGCCAACGUCCUGGAAAUGAUUCCUCCCAGCAGCCAAUCAGAAGAAAGCCUCAGCACCCUCCAGGAGCUCUACCUGACAAGGAACAACCUGAAUGAGAACUGCAGUGCUCUGUUGGUUGGACACCAGAACCUGCGGAUCCUGCACAUCGCCUACAACCAGUUGCUCUCCUUUCCUGCCAGUAAGCUCAGCAAAAUAGAAAUGCUGGAGGAGCUCAAUCUGAGUGGCAAUAAGCUGAAGACCAUCCCCUCCACUGUGUCCAGCUGUAAGAGACUGCACACCCUCAUAGCACACUCCAACCACAUCACUGUCUUCCCAGAGAUCCUCAACCUGCCUGAGAUCAAGCUUGUAGAUCUGAGCUGUAACGAGCUGACUGAGAUCCAGCUCCCUGAAUCACUGCCCGCCACUCUGCAGGAGCUGGACCUGACAGGAAACAGCAGCCUGAUGCUGGAACACAAAACCCUAAAUGUAUUCAGUCACAUCACCACCUUGAAAUUAGACCAGAAAUCCACGACAACACCAGGAGACUCCCUGAGUGCCUCCACUCCAUGGAACCAUGGUUACUCUGAAAUGAGUGGCCAAAGAAACAAGUUGUGUGUGUCUGUGUUGGCUGUCGACCGUUUUGGAGAAGGAGUGGAAGCAUGUUAUGGGAUCUUUGAUGGAGACCGCAAUGAGGAAGUGCCUCGGUUGCUGCAGUGCACCAUGGGAGAUGUGCUGUGUGAGGAACUGCAGCACUCCAGUGUUGACAGUGUCUAUAUGUGCAACACUUUCCUCACUUCACACAGGAAACUUGGUAUGGCUGGCCAGAAACUUGGUUCUUCUGCCUUGCUGUGUUAUAUUCACCAUGAGCCUUCAGAUCCAGGAGGCUGCUUCAGCCUCACUGUGGCAAAUGUGGGAACAUGCCAGGCAGUGUUGUGCAGAGAUGGCCGGCCUGUUCCUCUCUCUAAGGUUUACAGUUUGGAGAGCUGCAGAGAAGAGAUGGAAAGAGUUAAACUCAGUAAAGCCAUUAUUACAGAGGAUAACAAAGUGAGUGGAGUGACAUGCUGCUCUCGCCUGCUGGGCUGCUCUUAUCUGUCUCCCUGGGUGCUCCCAAAGCCUUGGGUGCACACUGAGCCUCUCUGUUCCCAGGAUGAGUUCUUGAUCCUGGGGAAUCGAGCGCUGUUUGAACGUGUUUCUUUCCAGGAGGCUGUGUGCACUGUGCAGGAUGUGCGGGAUCCUCGUGCUGCUGCUAAGAAACUGUGUUCUCUCGCCCAGAGUUAUGGCUGCAAGGACAACAUUGAGGCUGUGGUGGUGUCCCUGCAUAUAAGUGAAGACAGCUGCACCUGUGAGCCACCUGCCUCCUCAACUGAUCCACGAGUUCCCCCACAUAUCCCUGCCCCUGUGCCUGUUACUGUGACCCCAGGUCCAAGUGACCCAGCCACCCUUUCAUGCAGCAGCGGUGCUGUUUCAGAGUUCAACAGUGAGACAUCAGCCUCAGAGGUUGGCAGCGAGGCAGGAUCCACUGCCUCAGAUGAACACCCAUCCUCUGGGCAUGUAGCUCGACCAGAAAGACGCUGUAGCUUGCAUCCUGCUACCACACUAUGUGGGAUCAUGGUGCUAGGCGCUCCAGGGACAGGAACCCAUCCAGGCCUAUUCCAGCGGCAGCCCUCCUCCGCUACUUUCAGUAACCAGUCUGACAACGGCCUGGACAGUGAUGAUGAAGCUCCUCUUGAGGGUGUUAUUUCCAAUGGCAGCAAGUUAGAAGUGGAGGUAGACAUUCACUGCUGUGCUUUCCAACUGCGGUCAGCCUCUGACAGCCCCAAAGACUUUGACCUUGAAAAGCGAGGCUCUGACUAUCCCAAUGGCAAAAUGUGCAGACAGAACAGCGUGGUGGUCUCAGCAACAAAUGGCUGUCUGCUGGCUGUAUGUGGAAGAGAGAUUGCUGACCUCAAGAAGUCUCCUUCCACAUCCAGCCUGUUUGGGAAGAAGCUGUCCAAUGGCUCCGUUGUUGCCCCUGAGGACAGCCAUAAUCUCAUUGAGGUGGCCCUUGAGGCUCCUAAGAAGAAGUCUGGGUACUUCACUGCUCCAGCACAGCAGGACCCUGAGGACCAGCUUAUUUUGCCUCCCGGUCUGGAGCAGGAGGUCAGAGAGCAGCUCAGAAGCCAGACCACUCUAGUCUCAGCCCCCCCUUUACCUUCUUUGCCCCUGGCAUUUAAGGACCCAGUGUGGGAUCACCCACAUCCCCCUGCAUUUGCCCACAACAUUGUCCCAGGUCCAGGCCCAGUCCCCAUCCUACAGCAGGAAGUAUAUGAUACUGCCCUCUAGAGGGGGUGCAGGGCACAGCACAGUUGUGUAUUGCUGCAACUCUGAUCAUGCCAUUCUGGAGAAGAUGAGAUUUCUCAUACAUGGUGGAUAAUCCGACUCAAGUUGCCAUUUGUGGAGGCAAGACAAACCUGUGAGACCUUGAAAGUCACCAUGUCAUGUUGCACAACGAAUGUGGGUAACAUAGGGUUUAUGUGCUGAGUGUGAGUAGGCAAAAAUGAGAAACAAAGAUCCUGGUUCACAUAACAGGAUGUUUUGUGAACCAUGAAUUUCUGGCAAUAAUAGAUCAAAUCAAGCCUGAAUUGAAAUGGGAUACAUUGUGUGUUUAAACAUGUAAGCAACAUUUCCCUACACUUGGAUAGAAAGUAAUCUAGAGGCAGUGGAAUGGUUGUGUUCAGUAAGGUAGGAUCUUCUUUGCGGGGGGCUCUGUGGUCUCUUAAGUCCUCGAAGGAAGCCCUGUGACUGAAACCUGAAAAAGUGCCUACUGGAGACAACUCAGCCGAGAGCUCUCCCACAUCAAGGCUGUGUUAGGAGAUGUUAGCUUGCUUGUAAGAUAUGAAGGAGGGGUGAUGUCUUAGACGGACCAGUGCCAACACAGCUUCUGCUCCCUAUUACUGUGGCUUGAAAAGGAAAUUAAGAAGUUUAAUUGCUUGAUAGACACAAAGUUAAGAGAAGAUGAAGACAGAAUUGUGGCAUUUAUAUAUCCAGAAUUGGUAUGGUUGGAUUUUUUUUUUUUACAUUCCCAAACAAUAUAAAGAUAAACUUCUAUAUGAAAUACAUAAAUUCUAGAAAAUGUGGUACACACUUAGUGUGUGUACACAAUUAGCAGCCAGCUGAGGUAGGAUGCUUAAACUGCUGACAUCAGGAUUGAGAAGUGUUGCUAUUUAGAGAAAUUAAUUUUCAAUAGAUGUAAAAAACAAACUUCAAUUCAAAAAUCCUUCAACUUUUAUUUGAAUUUAUAGUGUUUGAGAAUACUGUUCGAUCAUGCACUGCACAGAUUAUCCUGUUGUUUCUCAAAUUUAGUCCGUUUUAUUGUCACUGGACAGUAGACUGGUGAUUUGGAAAUCAUUAAUCAAUUAAUAUCAGUUAAUUGAUCACAAAGCAUCACAAAGAUUCGGGGCACAGCCUACAGUUCUUCAAGUGCACACAAAAAUUUGUGACAUAGAAACACAUUAUGUCUUGCCAUAAUUUAUUAUUAUUAAUCUACAGAUUAUUAAGUGAAGUGAGGCAGCAGUAAAAGGUGCUGAAUUAAUAACUCUGGUUCAGCGGGUUGCAUUUCCUUCCACUAAGUCAUACAGUCCUUAAGAUGUUGGUAUCAUCGGUUUACAAUCUGUUUUGUGUUUGGAUGUUUCUAAUGGCAAUUUUUCUAACACUCUGUUAUUAUUUGUAGUGUCAGUGCAUAUCAUACAGCCCCUGAAACUGGUUCUGCUGUGGUUUUUAAAAGGCCAAAGUUGAUCAUCAUUUGAUGUAUAUUUCCUGUGCAUUUCUGAUAUUUGUUAUCUGGUAUUCUGCCACAUAGCUGGACCUUUCAGUUUUCCCCUUUAGCCUUAAAGUAACCAAACUUGGUAUAUUUGAAAGGAGAAGCCCUUUUUGUAUCCCAUUUGUGAUUUUCUUUUUGUGACUGUGGAAUUGGGCAGUGUAUUUUCUUUCAAGCGGCCCCUCUAUGCUUUCUUUGCUCCACAGGAAUGAGGGACAUCCUCAGUGACAAAGCCUUAACAUAUGAGUCUGAACUUUUUGUUGCCUUUUGCAAGUUUUUGUCUUUUGAAAAAAAACAAAAAAAAAACACUGUUUAAAGCACUUUUUACAGAGAGAGAUAGUAAUAUUCAGAGUUAUGUAAAUUUGAUUUAAUAUAAAAGAGAUUUAUCAACGUAGUUUCCCUGAGUGUCCUCAACCCAACAUAUCACCUCUUGUCUUAGAAUACUUUGCCAACAGAGAUGAUAAGGAUUUUAUUUUUGCUGCCAGUUACAUCUGAAUUUUAUAAAAGACCUUAACCGAUAUGAAUAUAUUUAUCAUCAAUACCUCAAACAGCAUAACACACAUCCAUAUGUAUUCUUACACAAUACACUAGAGUAACUCUUUCUUAACUUUUUGUUAUCCAUAAUGUAUAUGAACUAAUAUUGACCCCUAACCAUCUGGCAUACCUAAGGCUUUUUUAAAUACUCCCUGUAAUAAUGAUGUGUAAUUAAAACAAUAGUAUAAGAUAGGCAUUGCUUUGAUCCACAUUGAAGCAUUGGUGUUCUGCUUGUUCAGAAUUAGACACUAUUUUCAACUAAAACUUGCAGUUUUAUUUUUUUCUGAGUUAGAAAUGGGAAAUUGUAUUUUAUGAGUCUAUUUGUUUUGAAUUUGUUUCCAGUCACUUUAUUUAUCAGACUGUGCAGUGUCUAAAAUGCCAAACACCUGGACUCUCUGUGGGUCAGACUGUGGCCAAACCUCCAGUAUCAGAGCCUGCACAUGGUGUCAGGCCUCUUGUCUGAUGGUGACCAAACAUGGAUUGGCGCUGCAGGCUCACCUGCUGCAGGAAGAGAAAGAAAAACUGUAAGACAGAUUAUGAUUGUGAAUUAUGUCGGCUAGCACUCGGAAAAGUUGGAACUGUUGAGAGGGGAAAUGGAACUUUCCUUUAGGUUUUACAAAAUUGUGGUGUUCACAACUAUUGUUGAGAAUUCACUCGUACAAAUAUGCAAAGUGUCAACUGUAAAUAUAAAUCUAUAUAUGUCUAUCAAAGCUUCAUUUCACCUUAAGCUACAAACCCCUAUUUCUAUAUAUGUCUGAAAAUGACUAGUGACUGACGUGUGUAUGAUGUGAAAUCAGUGUUCCCCUCCUUCAGCUCAUCUGCAGUUUUAUUUAUUUGGCUCACCGGGUCAAAUCACGUUGGGACUACAUUGCACUGUUUCAUUUAGUGCUCUUCAAAACUGCCUUGGUCCUUUUUUGUCUAUGACUGUACACUAUUCUAUGCAUCUCCUGGUUGACACCAUAAUUCACCCGCGUUCUCAUCUUGUAUACAUUUGAAGUGUGUUGAAACAACGAUCCAUCUACGUACUUACCGCUGUUCAUGUACAUAAUGCCAUCUGUGUGUGUAGAUACGAAGAGGAGGGAGGAGCUGAUGUGGUGGAUUGGCUUAAAAUAUUCCCUUUAAUUCUCACAUGUCUUUCUAUAAUGCUUGUUGUACCCUUUGUGCAACUUCGAGGGAUCAUUUCAUCUCUGCACACAUCUUUAAAGUCUCCCUGUACAACUGCAUUGCAAACUGUUUGUGUUUCUGUGUAAAUUAAGUGCACAUGUACAGUAAGUGUAUGCAUGCCUGUGUGAAUAAUGGAUUGACUGUAUUUUUGCGUGACGAAUGAAACUGACCCAAGAUGUUCCAUUUGUUUAACAUGUGACCAAAGUAGCCAUUGUUUAAUCCCACAGUUCCUUUCUCUACAUUAUUUUUUAGAAAUGCUUGAAUAUUUUUUCUUAAUGCCAAGAAGCUGAUGUUUAUUUUUGUACUUAAUUGUUUCAUGCAAAUGUAUAUUCCCCUUCUACUCUAACAGAAUUAUAAAUGGUUGGGAUUCUACAGAAAGGGAUCACUCAUUAUGGUACUUUAAUCUAAGGUCUUGCUCCUAACAUUACUGUAUCAAUGUUGAACGCAUGCUCCCAGGAUUGCAUUGAAUAGGAGCAUCGAGUACAAACAAAAGGUGAUUUAUUUGUAUGAAAUUGAGCUUGUCUAAGAUUUGGGGGUUUUGAUUCGAUUGUGCAGAUUACUGCUAAAAUUGUGUUCGAUGUUUCAUGAUUAUAAAAACAUUAUUUAGGGGAAAAAAAACUAUCGAUGAGCACUUUUGCUGUGUGUCAGACAGAAAUUAACUCCUGUAAUCUUUGAGUGUAGAAGAUGGUUGUUGUUUGAUUUAAAAUGCUGCUAUCAUUUCUUUUACGCAGUUGAGCUGUUUAAUUAACUUAAAGCCAAGUAGCAAUAAAACUUUUUACUGUGAA